UCUUACGGGAGCGCGCAACCGAUGGACUUCGAGAACCUAAUGCUUUUUAUGGCGAACUACGGCUUGAAGGCGAUACUUUAUGGGAUUAAUUAAUGGUGAUAGGUAAAAUAAACAAUGAAGUCCAUGUCCAUUUGACAGCACCUGCAGAUAUUUGCAUCACACUUUUAUUUUAUGUAGACAUGUUAACUUCAUUCUGUACGCAAGAAGACAUCCAUAUAUAACAAGAGCAUCACUAUUUCUUCCCAAAUACAGAGUUGAACGCAAACGUUCGGCCUAACAAUAUUUCCCACCAUGACAUUUCCCGGGCUCCGUUUGAUGUUAAUUUUUUCCAUAAAAUAUCCGACACAAAAGCAGGGACUUGAAGGCAACACUUUCCCAUAGCAACCACUGCAUGAGUUGUGUGUACCUUAGCAACCAUGGAGAUUCCGUCGAUUGAAGAGGAAAAUGGCACGGAAAAAGAAGAAAAAGAACUUCUGUGCAAACGCGUCGAAGACUUAAAGUGUUCCAUUGCAGCCCUCCACGCUGAGAAUGACAUGUUUGAACGUUUCAUCAGUCGACUGGAUCCUCACGAGCUGGUGUCUCAGGCUGGUGGUGGUGAGGGCCCGGGGCCAGCAGGAGCCUCCCAGCAGGAGAGUGGGGGCUUAGGAUGGAGGCGGAGGUCCCGUCCAUCUAUAUCAGAUCGACUCCCGCAGCUGAGCUUUGAACAGAAGCUCUAUGUGGCACAGAGGGAAGUGACGGAGACGCAACAAGACUACGAGAAUCUCAAACAGAGAUAUGAGAGAAUCCAGGACAACUACACGGCUUCCUUGAAAGAGUCGGAGGUGCGUCUGGCAGAGAUCAGGAAGGCCAAGAAAGAGUUUGAACGCAGACUGCUCAAACCAACGAAGGACAACAGACUGGAAAUAAAAGAGCCAGAGAUGGUGCUGAAGUACGUCAUAGACAAGUUUAAGGUCACUCAGGUGGAUAAAUUAAAUCUGAAGAACCAGGCACUGAAGGCCCAGGAGAAGAAGUUCCAGCAGCAGCUUCAACGGCAAAAAGAAAUGGGAAAAGCUGACUAUGAGGCAAUCUUCCCAGAGUACGGUGAGCAGAGGGCUGACAAAAAUCUGGAUGAACUUCAAGUGAACAGCUUGAAAGUACAGCGUGUCCUCACCUCACACAAGGACAAGCUGAAGAGUGUGACAUGGGAGUCUACAGAGUUGAGCAGUGACAUCACCAACAGGAAGCAGAUGCUGGCAAAAAUUGAGGAGGAGAUACAGCAGGCUGAGGAGGAGCGUCUAAAGGCAGAAGCCUUGAACCAACACCUGCACCGUCAGAUGACAGACUAUCAGGCUCCGGAUGUGACUGAAUAUAUGCACGUCAAAGACAGACACAAGAAGCUGCGGCACAGGAUUCAUACAUGGGAAAGAAAGGUCGGGAUUGCCGAGAUGACCUUGAAGAGCAAACAGAGAGUUUCUCUUACUCCCACGAACAGCGCUGUAGCUCGAGCGAGGUCUGGGAACAACCACACACCAGUGAAGCUUCCAUACAUUACAGAUCACAACCCAUACAGUAGAGAGGCGGAGUCAGAGCGCCUGUAAAGACAUGAACCAGUGAGAAAAAGUGAUGGCCUUGUGAUUGUGAUUUAUUCAAUACUUUCUUGUGAAGUGAAACAUGUUCCCAUGUUCUGUAAUUAUUGUAUUAAAUAAUAAAAAGAAAUCCCUCACUGGCAA